UUUCCAAACGCGCACCGAUGGCGGUGUGAGGCGUUUGGCUGAGAAGUACGCACCGCGCUGUGGAUUUGUGAAACCUUUUUUUGCAUCUUUUUCCUGUUUGAAUCCUGGUCGCGGGGAAAUAAACAAAGCUAUGGAUUACUCAGUCUGCUUACUUUUACUCCUGUCAACCAUUUCGUCUGUGUCGACCGGACAAUUCCCAACAGCGCAGAUGAUAAAGGAAUGGGUGGACCAGAUGCAAAAAGAGUUGAUCACAAUAACAGACACAGCCAGUGGUAUGGAGAACCUAAUACAGAUAUAUCAUAAGCACAGACCUCACUUCAGUGUGGAGACCAACAAUGCAAGGGAUCUGGUGACGACGGCUUCUGGGAAUAUAGAGAAACUGCUGGCUAACCGCUCCGAAGCCCUAACGAGGCUGGCAGCAGAAGCAGAAAAGUUACAAAUGGAGCACGUGUGGAGGGAUGACAGUGAGAUCGACAAAAUUGUCUACUACAAUGCCAAAGAUGGUCUUAAUCUGACAGAGGAAGUAAAAGGAAGGAGGAACAGAUAUCUUCCAGAUGAUUUCGAGGUAGACCCCGACUUCAAACGACUCGUCUCGUACAACACCACCGCUGUCCACAUCCCUACGGAUAUAUAUCAAGGCUCCAACAUCAUUUUGAAUGAGUUAAAUUGGACAGAGGCCUUGGAGGAAGUUUUCCGGAAAAACAAAGAGGAAGAUCCGUCACUCCUCUGGCAGGUGUUUGGCUCUGCCACUGGAUUGGCUCGGUACUUCCCAGCAUCCCCUUGGACCGACUCGAGCAAUUCAGCCAAUAAGAUCGACCUCUACGAUGUGCGCAGGCGACCGUGGUACAUUCAGGGGGCAGCAUCACCCAAGGACAUGCUGAUCCUGGUGGAUGCGAGCGGCAGCGUUUCGGGUCUCACCCUCAGACUCAUCCAAACGUCCGUCAGCAAGAUGCUGGAGACCCUUUCUGACGACGACUACGUGAACGUGGUCUAUUUCAAUGACAAGGCCAUGAAUGCGUCGUGCUUCGCGAACCUGGUGCAAGCCAACGUCCGCAACAAGAGGAAGCUGAAGGAUGCUGUGCUGAACAUCACAGCCAAGGGUAUCACCAACUACAGAGGCGGCUUCGAGCUGGCCUUCGAGCAGCUCGCACAGAUGAAUGUGUCAAGGGCCAACUGUAACAAGAUUAUCAUGCUCUUCACUGACGGAGGAGAAGAGAGGGCAGAGGAGAUCUUUAAGAAAUACAACCCGAAGCAAGCGGUGCGCAUCUUUACAUUCUCAGUAGGUCAACACAACUACGACAAAGGACCAAUACAGUGGAUGGCCUGUGCUAAUAAAGGGUACUACUAUGAGAUCCCAUCUAUAGGUGCCAUCAGGAUCAACACUCAGGAGUAUCUGGAUGUUUUGGGCAGGCCUAUGGUCAAGGCUGACAAACGGGCCAAGCAGGUUCAGUGGACCAACGUCUACCUGGAUGCACUGGAGCUCGGCCUCGUGAUCACUGGAACUCUUCCCGUCUUCAACAAGACCAACACAGGCUCAAAGAAAUCUCAAAACCAGCUCAUCUUGGGGGUUAUGGCUAUUGAUGUCUCCCUGGAAGACAUCAAGAGACUGACGCCUCACUUUACUUUUGGACCAAAUGGCUACUACUUUGCCAUUGACCCCAAUGGAUAUGUGCUGCUCCACCCUAAUCUCCAGCCACUGACUGCCAAGUUUCAUGAACCUGUAACACUGGACUUCCUGGAUGCGGAGCUGGAGAAUGAGAUCAAAGUGGAGAUAAGAAAAAGAAUGAUCGACGGCCUGAAAGGGAAUUACACAUUAUCUACGUUGGUGAAAUCCCAAGAUGAGCGCUACAUUGACACAAGUCAGAGGACGUACACCUUUGCACCAGUGAAGGGGACAGAUUACAGCCUGGCCCUGGUCCUUCCUGAAAACAGUAUGCAUUACCUCCGGGCCAACAUUGCCGACACGAUCACCCAGGCAAAAUCGUUUUUGGGGAAAGAUGUUUCUGAAAGCCUGAUGGCGGACAAGUUUGAUGAAUAUGGCUACACGUUCAUUGCACCGAGGGUGUACUGCAAGGACUUAAAGCCUCCUGACAAGUACAAAAACAACACCGAGUUCCUUGUUGAGUUCAACGACUACAUUGACACAAAGACUCCCAACAACCCCAUGUGUAAUGUGGAGCUGGUGAACCGAUUGCUGCUGGAUGCUGGUAUCACAUCGUCUCUGAUCAAGCAUUGGAAAGGAACCGAUUUGCAGCAUGGUGUCUUGGCCAGAUUUGUUGCCACCGAUGGAGGGAUCACACGGGUUUACCCCAAAAGUGCUGGGUUUGACUGGGGUGAAGAAGCGGAGACGUACGAGUCAAGUUUCUACAAGAGAAGUUUGGAGAAUGAUCUGUACAUCUUCACUCCAACACCCUACCUCUCUAAAGAGAACACAAGUGACGACUCAGUCCUGGUGAGCAAAGCAGUAAACCUUGAUAUUGAUGGUAUCACACUCAAACCAGCUGUGGUCGGUGUGAAGUUGGACAUUAGUGCCUGGAUGGUGAGCUUCAUCAACACCACACAGAAGGUCAAUUGCAAUGAUGAGAUCUGUGGCUGUCAGCGAAACGAUGUGUAUGUAGACUGUGUCAUUCUUGAUGACGGGGGCUUCCUGGUGAUGUCCAAUCGAGAUGAACAUAUUGAUCAGAUCGGGCGCUUCUUUGGUGGUAUCGACCCGAUCCUCAUGGUGAACCUGGUCAACUCAUCUCUGUUCACCUUUAAGAAGACCUUCGACUACCAGUCGCUCUGUGACCCCGUGAAAAAGGGCAAGACGGAUGCAGGCCUGCGAUCCGUCUACGUGCCCACAAUUGCAGAUAUUUUGAAUAUAGGAUGGUUCGCGACAGCUGCAGCCUGGUCAAUACUGCAACAGUUACUGGUCAGCAUCACAUUCCCCAAUUUCCUGGACGCAGCCGAGAUGGAUGAGGAACUGUCGGACUCCAUGCUCAAAGAGGUCUGCAUCACAGAGCAAACUCAAUACUACUUUGAGACCAACAACUUGUCUUUCAGAGGCACCAUCGACUGUGAAAACUGCACCAGGCUCUACCAUGCUGAAAAGCUGCCCAAGACGAACCUGGUCUUCAUCAUCGCUGAUGCAAAAGUCACCUGCUCGUCUUGUGACACCAAGCCGUUAAUACAGGACGAACAGCAGUCUAACGGUCCUAAUCCCUGUGAGAUGGCUCAGAAUCCUCGGUACAGGAAAGGACCCGCAGUCUGUUUUGAUAACAAUGAACACGAGAAGAACCCCGACUGUGGCGGGGCGUCCAGCCUGAGCCCCUCAUUUUGGCUGAUGAUGACCCUUCAGCUGGUUCUGCUGUGGGUUUUGACCGGCUCCAGACCCCAUGUCAUCUCGUCAUGACCUCAGAAAAUCCUCAUCACGCCCACUCUCUCUUUCUCUCUCUCUCUCUCUCUCUCUCUCUCUCUCUCUCUCUCUCUCUCUCUCUCUCUCUCUCUCUCUCUCUCUCCUCUCUCUCCCUCUGUUAUCUUCAAAAUGGCAACCAGCAUGCAACGCUGCCACCGAAAUAACAAACGCCCGAUGAGAAGCGCUUGUAACAAACAAACAAAAACCUGUGUGCCCCACUUCCUGCCAGUUUCUCCUUUUGAUACCUUCAUUUUCAGGGGUUUCUUAAAGUGAUUUCACCAGGUGCAAGGGUACAAGUGACAAAAUAAAUGUUUAUUGGAAGAUAUCGGUUUUAAAGAUAAGAAAGAACUCAACCUACGCCUAUCCUUCAUCUCUUGGUUCCCGCCAGCUGAGAUUAAUUUUGAUUGGCGACUUCUGAACUUUCUCUGGCUUGAUGUCACUGAUAAAAGAGAUUGUACUGCCUUAUGGUAUCGGAGGGAUUUCAAUCACGAUGGGGGAGACUUGCUGUUUAUUAAAGAUGUUGAGCAGUUUUAUUCACCACUGCCAGAAACAGCGCUGCCUUUUGCAAGCGUGCAAUUUAUUUUGAAUCAAUUUGCAGUGGCUAGUUUUUAGGUAUUUAUUGUUUUGUGGUUGAGAAUUCGGCUAAGAUUGCAGUAAGAGAUGCCAAAAUGUUACAUUUACCUUCAUUUGCCUCCGUCGGCUCUUAAUCAGAUUUCUUAGAUAGCACUACGCAGAACAUUUUCACAGUGUCUCUGAGGGUUGGACAGAUUCAUCGUCUUUACUUUCGCCCCGGUGUUCUUUCAUGUAGAUACUGUAUUUGCAGUGUGGAAAUCAUUGUUCAUUGUUAUGUUUAUGCACAGAAACCAACCCUUCAACUGCCACAGAGGGCCUCCUUCUGAGUGUACGGAUUUUAAACUUUGUAGCUGAUCAUCAAAUCAUCAGCCCCGAUCGAGAGUAGUAAAUGAUCUGGAAUUUCCGCCUUGGUGUUGGAUUGAUCCAAUGAAAACCUUGUUGCCAUAGUGCGCAUUAACCAAUCAGGGUGAGCCUGGCUGGUGUCCUAUGCAUGCUCAGUGGACAACAUCUCUAGUGCCAUGUCGACUGUGUGACUCAGAUUAACCCUUCAGCUAUGUAGACUGUGGCUACUGAAUGGAAAGAAGUGUAGUAUUUGUUUAUUUUAUUAUUUAUUUGAAUGAAGCGUCAGGACAGCAUGCUACUGUUUCUUUUAUGGCCACCACCUAAGAAAAUGAACGAGGGGGAUAUGAGAAUUUGUAUUUGACAUUUUGGUCAACAACAAAAAAAGGAAAAUGGUACAUUUGUAUUCACUGCUGUCACUUUUUAAAUUAAAUGACUACUAUCUGCACUGCAAUUCAAAGUGCAGCUGUUAUUUGUCUUUACAGUUUGAUCCUGACUGAAGAACAACCUCUCAACCAUCUCUAUGUAGUAGUGAGGUUCCCUCUUGCGGUUCAUUAUACGGUGGCACGAUACCACCCAGUAGAAAUCAUUGCAGUCAGUCAUGUGUGUGAUCUACUGCUGUAUUUCAUUUUCUCCAAUAUAAGUUCAUCUUGUUUAAUUUGUGUGCCUUCUCUUUCAUUAAUUUCAAAUAUAAAACAUACCUAACUUAAAGGAACAAUAUGUAAUAUAUUUAUUGUAUUAAAUCAUAAAAUGACCAUACUAUGUCAUCAGAGAUUAUUAAAAAUAGUUCUCCGACAACAAUGCUACAACCAGUAUGCUCUCCUUUGAAUUGUCCGUUCCCGUGCGGAAAGUCUGUUUUUGUUUUGGCCUGUGUAAUCCUUCCCACAUCCAUUUCGACACCCAGUGUUGCCAGAUAUGAAACAAAUUUGCUCGCAAACACUAGCGGGCUGCAGCCAUAAAGGCAACAAACCAACUGGAUCAACAGUUAACGUUGGAUUCUCCCCAAACUAAAAAGCCUCGGCAUCUUUCUAAAAAGCUCUAUGACACGAGACAUGGUGAAACACAUGUUGAAAAGAUGGAGACAGCGUAGAGCCCAGAAGGAUUUUAAGGUGCACUACGAGUUGGCUAGUUUACUCCUGAACAGGUAAGCAUCAGAUAGCUUCAGAUAGCUAACCGUAUCUACUGCAUCACCGUUAGUAGGGAUGUGCAUUUUAAGUGAUGUCAACUCAAGUAUUCGCAUUAAAUUAUUAUAGAGUAGCCUACUCAAGUAUUUGAGACACACAGACGGUGAAGUGAUCCUAACUAGUGCUUGCUAACGACGUCAUGCUAACACACGCUAACUGCUAUCAAUCUCACCCGGGUCGCAAACGGGCCACAGCUGUUAACUACCUCGGCAACAACCAGUGUAAUAGAUAUAUAUAUGACUGAAAGCCGCGUGUUUUGAAACGUUACUCAAGCCCAUCCUAGCUAUUUAUCUAUCUUAUCUGAUAGGAACCGUACACCCUUUUUAUAAGAGUUUAUUAAUUUGCGCUGUUCGUCUAUGUACACUGCCCACACUAUAUGACACAGAAAGUUGAAAAUCUGCAAAGUAGCCCUUUAUAGGGGUCUGAUAAGUCGUAAUUCAGAGCAGUGGGCUUUUGUUUUUGGCAUAAUGGCUUGACUACCUAAACAUAGUGAGCCAUGCAUCAAGCUAACAUUUACAGAGUUGUAUAAUAAUCCACAUGAGCAGGUUUGUAAUUUGCAAACAAUAAAUACAUUUCAAACAUAUACAUUAGCAAAUCAAUUUAGGACUUGACGGUGUCAUUUUCAAAGGAUAUUGUUGCCCUCGUAUCGUUUCAGUGUCCACAAUCUUGCAACCACGCGUGAGCUUCGAAUCUAGGGAGGAGUAGCGGGGGAAGACGACGCUCCAAUAUUUAGAAUAUGGCCUGCAGUACCCAUUUCAAACGCUAUCUGUCACUUUAACAUGUUGUUCCUUUAAGCCUGAAAAGUUAUAGAUGACUUACUGUAGAAAUAGUGUGCAGAGUAGUUAAAUAGUCAAUGUAUUAAGAAAUGCACUAAUUAACCAAACUACUGCAAUCUACCUAAAUAAUAACAAAUCUCACUGGACCAAUUACCAAAUCUUAAAGCAGAAAAAUGAAUUGAUUACGUUCAAGAUUAAAAUUAAAUCCAUCUUGAAGAUACAAUAUGUGGAAAAUUACAUGCUGUGAUUUUGUGUACUUACUACAUACUGAGGAUUAAAAGACGUACAUUGAAUUAGGAAGGAAAUAAAACAUUGGGCAGAAUGAUAUUGUUGUUAACAACAAGCUUUAAAGUUUAAAGUCAUUUUUUUAGGUGUCUGUUGGUUCCAGGUAAGAAUUGACAAUCACCGGUUACAACAGUAAGCAUUAUGUUACAACUGUUUAGUGAUAUCAGAUACAUUAAGGAUACAUUCCAUGGUUUUACUGCCUAAUAACGCCCCAAAUCAUAAAAUGUACUUCUUACUCACUGCUAAACAAUUUCAACUUUUAUAUUUUUCUGAUUCAAAUCGUCAACAGAGCAACACAUUUAGGGAUUUAAGCGGGGCUAUACAUACACCACUAAACCAACACCAGGGAGUGCAUCUUUAAAGAAGUGUGCAAUCUAUAAACAUCGGCACAUGUUUGCAGGAAACUACUUAAUUCUGUGUGGAAGUGAAAACCACAAAUCAAGUUGUAUGCACCACAUUACCAAUAACAUUUGUCUCUCACCCUGCAUACUGAAUAACGUCUUUAUUUUAUAAGCAUUCCUCCAAUCAGGGAGUGCUUUAUCCGUCUCAUUUUAUGGCAAAGCUCAACCACCACCAUCAACGUCCGUAACUUUAACGUGGUCUGUGGUGCAGUUUUUACUCUCAAUGUUUUCAAUCUUAAACUAUAACCUUCCAACAAAAGCAAUGUGGUGAAACUAACAAUGGUAUUUAUGCUCUUAAUUUACUAACACUCAAGAAUAUCAAGUGCCAUAUGGGACUCUCUUAUUCUCUUGUGGAGAAACCUGUAAUCGUAAUAUAACAUUUAUGCAAUUUACCAAGGCAUCAUGUAAUCUGAUACAUUUGUCCCCUGUGCUGCAUGGUAGAGGCUUACAAUUUCAUUUACAAAAUAACAAAACAUAUCCAGUGUGCUCCUGCUUUAGUGUGUAAUGUUGGGAAGCAUAAUAUUCUGUGUGUCAGGCAUUUGGUCAUGAUAUGAUAAGGUAUGAUCAGCUUUUACUGCCUUGCUCUUGGGGGGACAGCAUUUGGCUCCGCCCUGGUCUGAGUCAGCUGGGAAGAAGAGAAUCUGAUUGGCCAGCGUGAUGUUUGAAUGCACUACUCAAUAUGUCUGAUUGGUUCAAGCCAUGUCUGAUCACUAUUAUUCAAGGACCAUACUGGUGAUUUAGCAAGUGUUUCAGACCAAUUACAACAAAUCAUGGAUACUUUUUACUGCAGAGUAUUGUUUCAGAUUUUCAGCCACAUUACUCAUUACUGAACUCAACAACUAUUGAUGGAUUGUAAAGAAAGUUUUUCCAGACAUUCAUGUUUCCCAGAUGAUGAAUCCUGAUGACAUUUGUCCCCUAACUCUAGUGCUACCAUGAGGUUAAAAAUGUGUGGCGUUGAGUGAAAUCACUGGACAGCUAUUGGAUUCAUUGCCAUGACAUUUGGUUUAAUACCUUUUAAAACAAAUGACAUUCGCUUCAGCAUCUGCUGCACAUUGGGUUCAGUGUUUAAAAAAAAAAAAAGACAAAGGAAAUGUUAGAAGGUUAACUCGCUGAACUAUCAUAGAGAACAUGUUAAACAUUAUCUGCUUAAAACCAGCACGUUUGCAUUGUCAUUAAGCAUUUAGCUCGAAGCACCAUUGUGCCUGAGUAUAGCCAUUCAGUAUGCAAAUCAAAUUGCAGACUCUAGAACGCAAUUUUAAAGAGUCUGCUAAUUGAUUUUUAUGCUGUACAGAAAACAAUGGCUGCCUAGAAAGAAGGAAAAUACCUUUAAAUAUGGGGAUAACUACGCAUCUGUAAAGUUGCGUGACUGUUACUUGCACGGUUGCGGUGCUAUCGUUACGACAACAUCUGUCCACAGACAGACAGACCGAAAUAUAAACACCUGGCAAUGUACUCAAAACCACCUCUGUGGUCCUUCCCGCUACAGUAAGUUUCUCUAGGAGCACAUUUUACUACGAUGACACACACACAGACUCACAACUUGAAAACGAUACCGGGUAAAUGUACAUGAACUGUAGUUAAGAAGCUGAACUUGCAAAAACAGUGGUAUGGUCCUUUAAGUCACUUGGGGCAGAGACGUACAUUGUACGGACGUGAAGUGAGUGAAAAUUCAUACCAACUAAAAUGAUCCAACUGGAUGCUUUUAGAGAUGCACAGAAAACAUGGGAGAAUGAACAUGAGCGCCAUAAUUGUCCAGAUGUUCCAUUCUACUCAAGUGCUAAAAUCAGAUGCUGUCACUUCAGGAAUAAUAUACUCUCGAUGUGAUAUUAAGUGUUUUUGACUGUUGGUGCUCUCUGUAUGGAUUGUGUGGGUUGGCCUUUUUAUUUCUGGAAUCUUGAGGAUUGCUUAAUGUGUGUUUUUUGUGUCUGUUACCUUCCUGCCACUCUUUGGCAGACGAUUGGCGUGCCUGUCAGUCAAUCUUUCUCUGCCUUCGGUUUUAAGGCAGGCUCUUGAUGGAGGCGUCCACCAAGUUUGCCCCUCACCCGACUCGUCUUUGGAAGGGUCUUAGUGGGCCUCUCUGUCAGUCUCCCUCGAUUGUGCUUUAACAUGUUACACUUUAGUGGAACUUGAUUCUCCAGAAUAAGUCAUGUAAAAAUUUGUACAAAACUGGUGUUGUUCUCAACAAUGUUUAUAAUCCUGGGGAGGAAAAACGUGUUUAUUCAUGUUCAAAUAAGGUAUAUUCAGAAUAAAAGUUUAUGAUUA